GCCCUACGUUCGCGCCCUAGGUAUUUAACUCCCCCCGUCCAAUCUCAACGCCCUACUACGAGUACGUACUCUGGAGCUUAGCUUGCAAGUGUCCCGUGGUGGCGCUAGUACAGAAAUGCUGUGAUCACGUAUGAAUGGGAUCGAAGAUCCGUUUCCUCGUCCUUUCCGCUCGUAUGUGGCCAAAAUAGUUGACGAACGGCGCAUGGAUGAGUCUCCGCGUCAGCCUGCAAGAUCUCCUUUCUCAAUUAAUUCACAGAAUGAUGUGUCAGCAAGCAACCUCGGCGAGGAUUCUAUUUCGCAGUCUUCCGGUUCCUGGUUUGGGCAGAAUGCGACCGUUCAGCAAUCCCUCGGUGGCAAUGUGGAUGCAUUGCCUCUAACUAGUCAACAGUCAGCUGCUUGGCAAGGCACUUCAAUUUACAACCAGAGCAACAGCGCAGAGGUGUUAAUUACGGACAAUAAGAGUCGCGAUCAUCAGCAAGGUAUCACGGCUAGCCAUGCACCAGGACAUGAGUUCGGCGAUUCAUCAUAUAACAACAUCGACACAGAUCUAAAUAUUCCUACCGUAGGUGAUAGUCAGUUCCAUGCGAACCCACUCUUCCAUACCGUGCAUCAGAGCUUGAGUCUGCCUCAACAAACGUCGCUUCCACGCCGGAGAAGUCGCUAUCGUUUCCAGAGGGAAGGACGAGAAACCAGGCCGAUUCAAAUUCCUGCCUCAGAGCCAUCCCCUGAUCCCUUACAAAGAUGGCGCUAUAGCCCACCCGAUCAGGAAGCGGCUCCUAUUGCCGCCAUAGUACGCGCGCUGAAGGAUCCAAAUGGUCAGCUCUCGCAUUCAGAUAACCCGGCGUAUGAAAGUGCUUCCGUCGGUCGUGCCCGAAAGUCACGCUCUAUUGCCAGUUCCAACACUAGCAGCCUAUCUUCGGGGACCUCACACGAAUCCGGUCGGUUGGAACAAUCUACAAACUCCGUCAAUCGAGGUCCAAUGGCGCAAGCGCGGGGUCGGCGGAGGGGUCGUAUUAAGAGGCCGUUUGGUGAAAAACCUCGUAUUUUUGCCUGUACCUUUUGCUGCGACUCUUUCAGGAGUAAAUACGAUUGGGCUCGCCAUGAAAAGUCUCUCCAUCUCAAUUUAGAGACCUGGACCUGUGCCCCAAGAGACGGGUUGGGACUGUCCACGGCGGGAGAGCCGCAAUGCGCCUACUGUGGUUUCCCAGCUCCGACACCGCAGCAUCUUGAUGAACAUAACCAUAAUGCAUGCGCUGGAGAGUCACGCGUAUUCGCCCGCAAGGAUCAUCUAGUGCAGCAUCUCCGCGCGUUGCAUCGACUCAAAGAGAUCCCCCCACUCGACAGAUGGCGCCAAGAGACGUCCUCUUUCACUUGCCGCUGCGGCUUCUGUAACCAUCGAUUGGAUAGCUGGAAAGAAAGAGUCGACCAUUUGGCAGGGCACUUCCGAAAGGGCUUCGCAAUGCGAGACUGGCAAGGCGAGCACGAAUUUCCACCAUCAAUUGCAGCUUUGGCCCAGAACUGUAUACCGCCAUACCUCAUUGGAGAUGAAUCACGAUCGCAACAGCCAUUUUCGGCCUCCUCGGCCAGUACUCGAGAUCACUAUGAGCAAAUUACAUCCCAUACGAAUAGUCUCAGUCAAGCUUUGGGGCCCGUAGCUGGAGCCUCUACCCGCUCACCGGCUGAGGACGAACCUCGGGAGAGCUCACCACCGCGAACAUUCUCUGACAUUCUCGCUCGGCACCUCGCUCAAUUUGCUCGGGUGCAUAUGCAACAGGGGAUAACUCCCACAGACGAAAUGUUUCAAUUGGAGGCCCGACGGGUUAUAUAUGACUGCGAGGAUGCUUGGAACCAAACGAUAGCCGAUAACCCCAAUUGGAUGGAUAACUUUCGGCGGCAACUUCCCGAGAAUGCGAGACCUGGAGAGUAGAGUUUUUGAAAAAAAGAAACUCAUUUUUCAGUCGGCCUCUACCUAAAGAAACUCUUGUCACAUCGGUAUCGGCCAAUACACGUUUUCUCUACACAUUGAUAGACAUCCUGGUCCAUGAUUGGAAAUUGCAUUAUUCGAUGAGAUUACUUGUGCAGUCUUGAAACUGUCGUUCUUCGCUUCUGGAAUUAGUGUCUGACAGUUUGACGUGUCCUCUGAUAUUGAUGAAACAUCUCUUCUGGACUCAGUAUGCGGGAAGCAUAAUUCCAAUAAUAAUUAUAUUGUUCUUCUUGGAGCUUGCUUUAAUAACCAUUUGUUACAUCUCGCAAAAACGAUCAUCUGCUUCUAACAUUGAUUCGCGGUCAAAAUUCUAUACCACGUGCCAAAGAGUGAUUCAGUACCAGAAAACAAUAUUGCGAAUGACAUCCCUGAUGCCUAUGUUCUUGUCCGUCCUAGGCUAAAAGCGCGACCGAAUAUCCUGGCAAAACGGGAGGAUAAAUAGCCUCCUGGGAACGAUCGUUCUGCUUUCUUUGUGUCCAUUCCCCAAUAGCCUUGGUAAGGAUGUCCACUUCAUCCUGCGCGGCGAGGUUCACUGGGAGGAGAUUGUUCCCCAUCUGUCUUAUCUGGAUGCAUGCUGCCACGGC